GCGUGGUGGUCCCGACGGGAAGAGCGGCCGGCGGACGAAGUGACGGGGCGGACGGGACGCAGCCGAUCUAAGUCAUGGCGAUGGCGGUCACGUUCGCAGCGACCAUAGCCGUGGCUAUGGUGGCUAUGGCGGCAGUGUGGUUCCAGUUCUACGUGCCCGUCCCUACGGGAUUUGAUCCGGUCGGGCAGAAGCACGCCCCUCCUCCGUCGAUGGAGGGAGCAGUCUUCACUCCCAACGAGGAGCUGAAGCGCGCUGAGAAGCUGGGGAUCGAACACGUGUCUGGUCCUGAAGAUCUCGUUGCAGAUUCGUCAGGGAGGCUCUAUUUCGGGUCCGCUAUCAACGGGUACAUCCAGCGUAUGGAACCUGAUGGGCAGGUCGAUGAUUGGGCGGAUGUGGGAGGGCGAGCUUUGGGACUAGAGUGGGGCCCCAACGGAGACCUGCUUGCCUGCGUGCAGAACGUUGGACUUGUGGCUGUUACCGUAACAGGAGAAGUGCGGCUUCUUCUCGACUCUGUAGACAAUGCCAGCUUGCCUACACCGUUUUUCAACAACCUGGAUGUUUCGUCCGAGUCUCGUUUGUAUGUUUCAGAAUCGAGCACACGGUGGCCAUUGGAAAAAUUUGUAUACUCGAUGCUUGAAGGGGUGCCAAGUGGCAGACUGAUUGAAUAUGACAUCUUAAGCAAUGCCAGCAAGAUUCUUAUGGAUGGACUGGAUUUCGCUAAUGGGGUAGCCAUUUCCAAGGAUGAAGAUUUCCUUAUCAUUGCUGAAACGGGCAUGUUUCGACUGCAUCGGUACUGGCUGAAGGGACCCAAAGCUGGGACGCACGAGGUGUUCUUGGACAAUUUGCCCGGUUAUGCGGACAAUAUCCACUCGAACCGGAAGGGGUUGUUCUGGAUUGCUAUUCCUGUGAUGCGAUCACCAGCCAGUGAGACGUUCGUCCUCCGUUAUCGCUUCAUGCGCUGGCUCGUCGCCUCAUUUCCUCCCUUGUGGACUUUUUUCCUACGAAACAACCCAGGGUUCGCUUUAGCAGUCAACGAAGAUGGGAAGCCUGUUAUGGCGGUGAUGAAUUGGAGCAAGGACCACUUACGGAUGGUCACUACAGCCAGGGAGUAUGGAGGCUACCUCUAUCUGGGCAACUUAAUGUGGAAUUAUUUGGCCAAAUUUAAGCUCACAACUUGAAAUAUAAUUGAAAUAUAUUGGCCAUCAGAAAAGAGGGUUUAUACCCUUGAUGAAAUCCUUCUGCCUCAUGGUUCUAUGAAGGUAAUAAACGGCGUACCCAUGC